GAGAAGAGUACUAAACGGCAGCUAUGCAUAGUGCUAUUUCAUCAAGAUCGACCAUUGUCUCCUCGUCCAGACCCUUAUCCUCCAGCAGAAGUCUGGUGGUCAGUAGUUCUUACCCCAAGAUAUCCACUGCUAGCACUACUUAUUCUGGUAUUGCGAGCUCCGGCCCUAGGAUCUCCAGUACCAGGUAUAGCACUAUUGGGUCUGCCCUUGGAGGAGCUGGUGGUUUCGGUACAAGCAGCACUUUUACCGUAAGUGGCAAUGCAGUCAUCUCCAACGAGAAAGAAACCAUGCAAGAACUCAACGAUCGACUGGCAAACUACCUGGAAACUGUUAGGAGACUUGAGAAUGCUAACAAACAACUGGAAAUACAGAUUCGGGAGGCGAUGGAGAAAAGGGGUCCAAGUAUAAGAGAUUACAGCAACUACGAAAAAAUCAUUAAAGAACUACGUGAUCAGAUUUAUGAUACUACAGUGGAUAGUGCCAGACUGGUCCUGGCUAUUGACAAUGCCCGCCUUGCUGCUGAUGACUUCAGAGUCAAGUGGGAGGCUGAGCUAGCCAUCAGACAGUCUGUCGAGUCUGAUAUUAAUGGUCUUCGAAAGGUCAUUGAUGAUACUAAUAUGGGCCGUCUGCAGCUGGAGAGUGAAAUAGAAUCCCUCAAGGAAGAACUUAUCUUUAUCAAGAAGAACCAUGAAGAUGAAGUCAUGGCUCUGAGGAAUCAAGUGAAUAGCUGUGGUGUCCAGGUGGAUGUAGAUGCCCCCAAGGGAACUGAUUUGGCAGAAAUUAUGGCCUCACUUCGAGCAGAAUAUGAGGCCUUGAUGAGCAGGAACAAAGAUGAUGCAGAACGCUGGUACCAAAGUAAGGUUGAAACCUUCCAGGUAGAAACUUCACAGAACACAGAAGCACUCCAGACUGCCAAGACAGAACUAAGUGAUCUGCGACGCAGAAUUCAGUCUCUGGAGAUUGAACUAGAGUCUAACAGAAGUAUGAAGGCAUGA